UUUAUUAACACGUCUACUGGCUGUUAAGUGCGUUUUCGGCCAUUCGAAAAGGCCAUCCAGCAAAAAUCAAGAUUUUGUUUUCACUCUUUCGGCACUGUGCCCCUAAGUUCCGCCAUAACAUCUGGAACAAAUCCUUGGCAAGAGGCUUGAAAACCAUGACGGACAAGUACAAUGUGAUUUUUAUCUUAGGAGGACCUGGGGCAGGAAAGGGAACACAAUGUAAUAAGAUAGUGAAGGAGUUUGGAUUUGUCCAUUUGUCCGCUGGUGACCUUCUGCGGGCGGAGAGAAAUGAACCAGACUCAGAGUUUGGAGAAGAAAUCGCUCAACACAUUAAAAAUGGUUCAAUCGUACCAGUGGCAAUUACAUGUUCAUUACUUAAAAGGGAAAUGAAAAGGAGCAAGGAAAACGAUGAUAAAGAUUUUUUUCUUAUCGAUGGUUUCCCAAGGAACAAUGACAAUUUGGAUGGAUGGAACUCAGAAAUGUCUGGCCUAGUAAACCUUAAAUCAGUUUUAGUCUUCGAUUGCCCUAAAAAGGUUUGUGUUGAUCGAUGUCUAGAACGAGGUAAAACAAGUGGUCGCACAGAUGACAACAAAACAAGCCUAGAAAAACGAAUACAGACGUUUACAGACAGUACCAUGCCAGUUAUAGAGUACUAUCGCCGUGAGAACUUGGUCAAUGAGGUAUCCGCAGAAAGACCAGAAGACGAGGUUUUUGAAGAUGUGAAGAGGAUCAUCCAAAAAAUUCAAAGUGAAAAUAACUCUUAAGGAAAAAUGUGUUUUGUCUCUUGAAUCUUUAAUCCAUGGCAGUAAGGGAUCACAGUAAUCAUGUAGGUAGAGCAGUUUACCAUUCAGGUACCAAAUAAGUAGAUGUAUUAGUACUUGAACUUUCCUGAUAUAGUGUACUUAAAUUUAAAAAAAAAAGGACAAAAUUGUACAUGUGGAAGGUAAUGUCAAAUGUGCAGUAAUAUAUGUUACCACAGACUUUGAUGUCAUAAACCUUUAAGAUUCUAAGGCAUAGUAAUGAACAAAUAGCUCUUUGGUAAAUCGUGGUUUGUAGUUAGAGCCAUUUUUUCCCCCUUUUUUUUUUCUUGUUUUGUUUUGCAAGCUACAGUCCAGCAUAUACUGCUGUCCGAGGGUGUAAAAUACUGGAAUCUAAGGGUUUUAGAAAUGUGGGAAUAUAUUGGUGAUGGAAAUGUGGAAUUCUGAUGGGAUAAAAAUGUGGGAAUAUAAGGGUGAUGGGAUUGUGGGAAUUUCAGGGUGAUGGGAUUGCGGGAAUUAAGAGGGGAUUGGAUUGUAGGAAUUUCAGGGUGAUGGGAUUGUGGGAAUUUCAGGGGGAUGGGAUUGUGGGAAUUAAGAGGGGAUUGGAUUGUGGGAAUAUAAGGGUGAUGGGAUUGUGGGAAUUUCAGGGUAAUAAUAAUAAUAGACUUUAUUUCAGGUCGAUAACACUUUGAGUCAAAGACUCUUCUUACAAGCGGUCGACAGUAAAAUGUAUAGUAUUUACAACAUUAAAUUACAUUGUAUUAUUAAAAGGUUAUAACAUCACAUAUAGAGUAAAUGUAUCACAGUGAACAUAAUGAUAGUUUUAAUUUGGAUCAUUAAUUAAAAGUAGUGCACUACAUAAAGCUCAUGAUGCAUAUAUAUUGGAAUUAAAACGCAUAUUCAAGUGUCCAAUAUACAUAUAUGUCAGUGUGACAAAUAAUAAAAUUUAACUGACUAUACGCUAAUAUAGCAUAUAUUAAAAUUGAUUGAUUGUAGCUAAAAAGAUGGACAUUUAAUUCUAAACUAAAAGUUACUGGACAGUCAUAUUACUAAAACCUUACAAGGCCACUGGAAAGUAGUUAGAAUCAUAACUAAGAUAGAUUUAAAAAGUGUUUUUUGCAUUCCACCUUGAAAGUUUUUAAUGUCCCACUUCCAGUCACAGUAACUGGUAAACUGUUCCAGAGUAAAGGACCAUGGUAUAUAAAUGAACUUUUAAAUUUUUCAGUUUUGUGUUGAGGUAAUACAUAUUUACCUGAAGUUGCUGACCUAGUUAUGGACAUUGGAGACCAGGGUAUUACAAUUUAGAUAGUUUGGACAUAGUUUGUUGAUAACUUUAUACAUCAGUAUACACUCAUUAUACUUCACCCUGUUGCUGAAAGGUAACCAUUUAAGUUUUAAAAAUAGUUCAUCUCCAGAGACAAUGUAGUCAGCAUCUAAAAUUAUGCGGAGUAUUCGGUUUUGCAUUCUUUCAAGUUUUUUCAGGUAUGUUUGAGAACAAUGCCCCCAAACAUUAUAACAAUAAUCAAAGUAUGGUAAAAUGAAACAGUUAAAAAACGUGAUUCUUGAAGAUACUGGUAAAAAUUGUUUAAUUCUACACAGUUUGAAUAUUUUGAAAUUUACUUUUUUGAUUACUUCUUGGGCGUGUUUAUCCCAAGUAAGUGUAUCAUCUAUGCACACGCCUGGUAAUUUUUCGUUUUUCACAUUUUCUAAUUUUGAAUCACCAGACUCGUCACAUAAUAUACACAGUUCAUUUGACACUCUCUGUUUUCUCUGUUUUCUACCUAUCAACAUUACUUUUGUUUUUUCUGUAUUAAUAACCAUUUUGUUUGAUCCACACCAACUUUUUACAUUAGAAAAAUCAGAUUGCAGACAAGACUCAAUAACAUCAAUAUUUUUGUCUGCUUUUUGCAUUGAUGUGUCAUCUGCAUACAUGAAAAUUUCACACUGAUUUGAGUAAAGAGGCAUAUCAUUUACGUACAAUAAAAACAUCAAUGGUCCAAUUAUUGAACCUUGGGGUACACCGGUUGUUACUUCAUUUGGAUUACUUAAACAAGUCUUAAAAGAAACACUCUGUAGUCGUUGUGAUAGGUAAGAUGUGAAAAAGAGUUUUGUAUUUUCUGAACAUCCAUAUAUUUUCAUUUUUUGGAGUAGGAUUUUAUGAUCGACAAGGUCAAACGCCUUUCUAAAAUCAAUGUACAUGACACCAAUAAGGUUACCUUUGUCUACCUCCUCAUACCAUCUGUUUGUUAAAGCUGUUAAAGCAGUUUGACAGGAAUGCAUACUUCUAAAACCAGAUUGGUUUUCAAUAAUUAAGUUAUGCUCUGUUAAAAAUCUAUACAAGGUAGAAGGAACAUGUUUUUCUAGAAGUUUAGACAGGACAGGUAAAACUGAUAUUGGUCUAUAGUUACUGACAACGCUUUUCUCACCCUUUUAAAAAUUGGGUUAACUUUUGCAUGUUUGAAUACAUCUGGACACACAUUUUGCCUAAUGCACAUAUUUAACAAUGUGGUAAUAGACUCAGCUACAACAUCAGCUGACAUCUUAAGAUACUUAGCAGAUAUACCAUACAACCCUGUAGCUUUACUACAGUCUAUAUUGCUAAGAAAAUUUUUGACAAAAGACACAGUAAUUUCCGGUAUAUCAUACAUGGUGUCUGCAGGCAAAUGUUUGGAGACAAAAGAAUGAAUAUUGUUUAAACAAUCUGGUAACAUGUUUGAAUUGUUUUCUGAAAUGUACUCUUUCACAAUAUUUGUAAAAAAAUUGUUAAAAUUAAUCGCAAUUUCACUUGGUUCGUCAAUUUGUUUAUCACUAAAAACAACAAAAUCUGGCUUAGUAUCGCCUUUACUAGGCACUAACUGCUUAAAAUAUUCCCAAUAUUUGUUCGGCUCCUUUUUACAAGAUCUAAAACAUUUUUAUAAAAAUCACUUUUAUAGGGUGAUGGGAUUGUGGGAAUUAAGAGGGGAUUGGAUUGUAGGCAUUAAGGGGUGAUGGGAUUGUGGGAAUUUCAGGGUGAUGGGAUUGUGGGAAUCACAGGUUUGACAGAAGGAGUUCUGAAAUCCAAGAACUACAAAAUUAUGGUUAUUUGAAGGUGACAAAAAUGUUUGAAUCUAACGGAGAAGGAAAUUUGUGAAUAUAAGGGCAGCAUGAAUCCCUAGAAAUUUGAAAUGGUAUACGUAUUUGAAUGUGAAUUAUGGCCCAUUCACAUGUUGAUAACUAUAGUAAGUACUUGGAUAUAUAUCCAGGUUGGUAUGUCCUUAGUUUUUUUGUUAUAGUGCAUUUAAGAUAUUUUUAACAGUGACACUACAGUUCUUUACCAGAUGGUAGUUUCAAUUGAAAUGACUACAAUUGGUACACAACUGCUUCUGUCUAUGUCUAGCAUUUAUGUAGUCCUUCUACAGCUUUGUAGUCUGGGUAGUCGCUUAUCAGUAUAUUUGUCACAAUCAGUUCAUAUUUACAUAUAUGUACAGUAAUCACAAACAACUUGGUGUGCAGGUUUGACCAACACUUCGUUUGAUAUCAAGUGUUUUUAGAUGUUUUAAAACAUGGUGGCAAGAUCCAUUGCAUUUUCUGUUUUGAAUCAAAAGCAUAGUUGAUGUUAUAUUUUGUUGAUGACUUAAUUAUGAAGUAGUGUAAUUAGUGGAUUUCAAUGAUUAUUGAUUUAUCAAUAUGUUGACAUAUUCAUAUUUAUAUGAAUACAAUCAGUUAUUAGAACACAAAUAAUAAAAAAAUGUGCUAUUUCUUAUAA